AAGUCAGUAUGAAACGAAGUAACUACCUAGACUGGGAUACCUACUUUAUGUCAGUUGCAUUCCUCACAUCCCAAAGGAGUAAAGACCCAGUAACCCAAGUGGGAGCAUGUAUUGUAAAUCCAGAGAAAAAAAUCGUUGGCGUCGGAUACAAUGGAAUGCCAACAGGAUGCAACGAUGAUCAGUUACCUUGGGGUCGUGAAGGAGAGACAAUGUGCGAAACUAAAUAUGCAUUUGUGUGUCAUGCUGAAAUGAAUGCAGUUUUAAACAAGAACUCUGCUGAUGUGAAGGGCUGCACAAUUUAUGUGUCCCUGUUUCCUUGCAAUGAAUGCACUAAAAUCAUCAUUCAAGGUGGCAUAAGUAAAAUAGUAUAUUUUUCUAAGAAGAACAGUGAUUCUCCUAGUCAUAAAGCUUCAGUAAGAAUGCUUGAACUUGCUGGAGUUAGUUUUCGGCAGUUUAUUCCAAAAGAAGAUAAGUUUGUCAUUGAUUUCAACGUUUAUCCUGAUGUCAAGUAUGAGGCAAUUGAGACAGAGGAAAAAGAGAACAGUGCAGGGACCUCAAGUACAGAUGGCUGUUAAAUUUUUAAUAUAUAAUCUCAUUGUUAUAAAAAGACUCAAUAUAAAUUAAUGACUAUUUUAAUAGAUUUAGAUAUUCUUAAUUUUUGAAGCUUGUAACCAGUAAAUACAAAACUUUAUUUAAAUAUUUAUAACUUAAAUAAAUAGCAAAUUAUUGUCUGCUACUGUAUUAGACAUACCAAAUUGUAUAUUUUAUCUUAUAAUUAAAUUAGGUAUAUUUAAUAUUUGUUUGUAUUCGAUUCACCAAUUUGAUGGCACAUUUCUUAUUUUAAAAAUUGUUUAUGCAUUUUUAAUUAUUAUUAUGUUAUGCUUUUCUUAAAUAAAUAAAAUAUUUAUUCCUUUGUAAGAACAGUUAUUUAUUAACUGUUAAAUCAUAUUUUUUAUUUUUGGUGACUCAUGUUUUAAAUUGUUCAGGUUCAACCAUGUUUGACUAUCUUUCUAUGGCCUACAAACUCAAAUAUUAGCCUAUUUUAUUACUUAAACUGAAGUUUGCAAUCUUUACUCGUUUAUAGUCGUAUUCAGUCUCUAUUUU